CCUCUUUCUCCAUCCCUCCUGUCGACCUGCUUCUAAUGUCCAGAAUUGAAUUGUAGCAAGAAAGAAUUACGAAGAAAGAUUCGAGUCGUGAGAGAAGAAGGAGACUGUAAAAAUGGUCGGGAAAGGUUUUGAUCCGGAGCUGCGUCUCAGCCUUGGCAGCAGCAGCCAAGAUUGGUCUUCUGCUGAAUCCAGCAGGACUGAUGGAUCGUCGGCAAACUCGGAACAAAACCAGCAGCGGCAUCAGCAGCAGCAGCAGCAGCAGAUUACCAUCUUUUACAAUGGUCAGCUUUGUGUCUCCGACGUCACAGAGUUUCAGGCAAGAGCCAUAAUAUCUAUGGCCAAGCAAGAGAUGGAUGACAGGAUGAACAAGCACCAUCACCAGCACCAGCAGCACCAAUUUCAACAAAAGCAUCACAACAAGUCGACUCCACCUCAACCUCCGGCAUCCUCUUCUCAGGCCAUGCCGGAGGUUCUUAACCAAGGGCUCUCGAUGAAAAAAUCGUUGCAACGGUUUCUUCAGAAAAGGAAGACAAGAAUAAAUGCUCUCUCUCCUUACAACAACAAACAUGGGCUAUUACUUUUUCCGACAUCGUAGAUUGUAUGCUUUAGCCCUUUUUUUGUAAUUUCUCUCCUCCUAGGAAAAGUUCUAUGUGAUUGAUUUUGGUUUCAUGUAUCUAAAUAUUCUUGAGUGAGAAACAGUAUACUUCUUUUAUAACAUUUCAUGAAGGUUAUUUUCAUCAUUU